AUGCCACCUACGAUAGACGAGUCAAUUGAGUACGAACGAGACGAUAGCCCGCGCGAACUUCCCAUGAAGUUCCCAUCCGAUCUUGACUCCCCAAGUCCUCAACAGUCCUUGCAUAACACCCCCCCUGCUCCCGCCGGCCAAGCUCAUCAACAUCGUGUUGCAGUUGGUACACAGCUCAGUUCUUUGGCCGCCCUUCCUAUCGUCCGACAAAUCCCAUGGAAAGAUGGUCAAGCCCUGCCGGGUCUCAAGUCAAUUGAUGAUGAGCGACCCCAUAUCCGCGGCGCGUUGUUGCUUACCAUGCACAGAAGGAAUGUGAGAAAUGUGCCAGAGGCUCGGGUCGGUUCAAGCACUGUAUCUACCUCGAUGACAUGUUUCAAGGAGCUUGUGCGACUUGUUAUUAUUCGUCGAGAGGCGCUUACUGCACCUUGCGUAUGGAGAAAGAAGGUCAGGGCCCUUUCAUCUGGCGUGCCAGACAACGCUGACUCUAGAGAUCUAGCUGCUCUUGGAGCCUCGAAGCCCACAAAAAGCUCUACCAAGUCCUCCGCACUAAAUGACACCAUGCGUGUUCAGUCGGAGCCAUCUCUCAAGCGCAAACGUAUAUCGAACGGUAACCCAAUAAACUACAAGAAACAACCUCGAUUGGCAUACAACCUCGAAGAUGUCGAGAGCCGCUAUGAUGCCGCCCCAGUCCCUCGUCCUUCCAAAUCCGUCCCUUACGACAAGUCAUUUGACGACGACCCAGCGGCUUUGUUGGCUUUGCUGUACAAGCAACAACAAAGACAACUGCAAGCUAAUGGUUCGGCCAAGAGACACCAAGUUCAAGAUAACGAGGACGAGGAUGGUGUGAUGCUGAACGCCAACGCCUAUAAGGGGCCUCGCGGAGGUCACAGGGAAGAAGGCCCCGAGAAACCAUACUCGCCAGCUGUCGGAUACUCCGGACCAUCAUUUGACAUGCCCAACAGCAGAAUUGCUUCCCAGGACCACCGCCGACCCGAAGCCGCUGUUGCGCUCAUUGAUACAUUUCCUCGUAGGAAGCAAAAGCAACUUUACAGUGUGAUCGGUGGCCUCGAGAGCGGCAUCCGCAGCCAACGCCAACAAACCGAAAAUCUUGAGAAUCAGCUUGAAACCCUCAAGGAGAUUCUCGGCAUUGGCGAAGAUGCUGGUUUUGUCUGA